GCCUGGCAGCAGGAAGAUGUCGAAUGAACUUGAUUUCAGGUCUGUACGGCUGCUGAAGAAUGACCCAGUUAAUUUCCAGAAGUUCCCCUAUGCUAACGAGGAUGAGGCCUGGAAGACGUACCUGGAAAACCCCUUGACAGCUGCCACGAAGGCCAUGAUGAGAGUCAAUGGGGACGACGACAGCGUUGCAGCCCUGAGCUUCCUCUAUGAUUACUACAUGGGCCCCAAAGAGAAGCGGAUACUGUCCUCCAGCACCGGGGGCCGGAACGACCAAGGAAAGAGGUUCUACCAGGGCAUGGAGUAUGAGACGGACCUCGCACCCCUCGAGAGCCCCACGCACCUCAUGAAAUUCCUGACCGAGAAUGUGUCUGCAGCCCCAGAAUACCCCGACGUGCUCAAGAAGAACAGCCUGAUGACCCUGGAGGCGACCGCGCCUGCCCCUGCCAAGGCUGCUCUGCUCCCGCCAGGCCCCAGCAAGCUGGAAGCCAGCUCCGUGGACAGCUACCUAUUGCCCACAAGUGAUAUGUAUGAUAACGGCUCCCUCGGCUCCUUGUUUGAGAACAUUCACGGGGUGCCACCCACGCAGCGCUGGCAGCCAGACAGUACCUUCAAAGAUGACCCACAGGAGUCGCUGCUCUUCCCAGAUAUCCUGAAAACAUCCCCGGAGCCCCCAUGUCCAGAGGACUUUCCUAGCCUUAAGAGUGACUUCGAGUACACCCUGGGCUCCCCCAAAGCCAUCCACAUCAAGUCGGGCGAGUCACCCAUGGCUUACCUCAACAAGGGCCAGUUCUACCCAGUCACCCUGCGGACCCAAGCAGGCGCCAAAGGCCUAGCCCUGUCCUCCAGCAAAGUCAAGAGUGUGGUGAUGGUCGUCUUCGACAAUGAGAAGGGCCCGGUGGAGCAGCUGCGGUUCUGGAAGCACUGGCACUCCCGGCAGCCCACUGCCAAGCAGCGGGUCAUUGACGUAGCUGACUGCAAAGAGAACUUCAACACAGUGCAGCACAUCGAGGAGGUGGCCUACAAUGCGCUGUCCUUUGUGUGGAACAUCAGUGAAGAGGCCAAGGUCUUCAUUGGUGUCAACUGCCUGAGCACAGACUUCUCCUCACAGAAGGGGGUGAAGGGUGUCCCCCUGAACCUGCAGAUAGACACGUACGACUGUGGCUCAGGCACCGAGCGCCUGGUGCACCGUGCGGUCUGCCAGAUCAAGAUCUUCUGUGACAAGGGAGCUGAGAGGAAGAUGCGGGAUGAUGAGCGGAAGCAGUUCCGGCGGAAGGUCAAGUGUCCGGACUCCAGCAGCAGUGGCCUCAAGGGCUGCCUGCUGUCGGGCUUCCGGGGCAACGAGACCACCUACCUUCGGCCUGAGGCUGACCUGGAGACCCCACCUGUGCUCUUCAUCCCCAAUGUGCACUUCUCCAGCCUGCAGCGCCCUGGAGGGGCAGUGCCCUCGGCAGGACACAGCAGCUCCAACAGGCUGCCCCUGAAGCGCACCUGCUCACCCUUCGCUGAGGAGUUUGAGCCCCUGCCCUCCAAGCAGGCCAAGGAAGAUGACCCUCAGAGAGUUCUGUUGUACGUGCGGAGAGAGAGCGAGGAAGUGUUUGACGCCCUCAUGCUGAAGACCCCAGACUUGAAGGGGCUGAGGAAUGCGAUCUCUGAGAAGUAUGGGCUCCCUGAAGAGAACAUCUGCAAAGUCUACAAGAAGUGUAAGCGUGGAAUCUUGGUCAACAUGGACAACAAUAUCAUCCAGCAUUACAGCAACCACGUGGCCUUCCUGCUGGACAUGGGGGAGCUGGAUGGCAAGAUCCAGAUCAUCCUGAAGGAGCUGUAAGGCCUGCGCUCCACACCUCAGAGCCCGGGGGAGGCUCAGGUCUGGAGCCGGGCCGGGAAGCAGCCUCGCCACACACAGCCUGUCCACAUGCCUCGGCGCUGUUACUUGAACGCUUCCUCCCCGGGAGUUACAGAUGUCGGGGCCAGGAAUCCCCCUGGAAGUCUCCUGGUCUGAGUCCCAUCUGUGCUAGCACCCAAUCCCGGGGCUUCCGGCCAGCCCCGCCAUCGCCUCCUGCCGGGCUACUCCUCACAUGCCCUGCAGGCCGCCCCGUGAGGUGAAGCCACCCUCUGUGCUCCACAGCCACCAGCUUGACCUGCUCAGGCCUACAUUCUGGAUUCCUUCACCCUUCAGACCAAGGAUUUCUCACCCUUUGGUCAGCGAACUUUUGAUUCUCAGUGCAAAGGACUUUAUAAAAAAGACCCUGUAGGGGAAACAAUAUCUUGUUCAUUGACUUCUUCAAUGCAAGAUGUAAAUAACAGAGCUGACUGGAACAAAGUGACCUCCCUAUAGUACUACCACCU